AUGUCCGACGCUGACUCCCCCGUCGACUCCCCCGUCGACCACCGCGACGAUGCCCGCGAUCACGACGAAGACGAGCAGUCGCGCGUAGAGAACGACUCCGAUGCCGAGUCGGACGUCCUGUCCGAGGUCGACGAGGAGCAGUUUGAGGACUACGACCCGGAGAAGGCGCAGAUCGAGGAGCGGCCCAUCAACAUCGACGAGGACAUGGCCAAGACGCUCAAGGCGUCCAAGAGGAAACGCACCGACGGCACCGACGGCGCCGCCAAGAAGCCCAAGGAGGGCCGCCGCGCCAAGAAGCGCCGCACCGGCGACGACGACGGCGACGAGGACCCCGACGGAGUGGUGCUCGAGGGCAAGCGCCUCCGCAACAAGGGGCGGCCCGACGGCGGCGAGCGCAAACCGCGAAAGAAGUCGCCGAAGGAGGCCGAGAACGAGGAGAACCUGACACCCGAGGAGCGGCGCCGCCGUGCCAUCGACCGCGCUAUCGACGCCAGCCUCAAGAAGCCCAAGUCGCGGCGGACAAAGAAGGACGAGGUGGACCUGGAAGACCAAGCCGACGAGAUCAUCGCCGACCUCAAGGUGCAGAUGGAGCGCGCCUGCGUCGCCGACAACGACGCCCGCGACAAGGGCGAGCCGGCCACCAACAAGCUCAAGCUGCUGCCGCGCGUGCUCGCCAUGCUCAACCGCCAGACCAUCCAGGACACCGUCCUCGACCCGGAGAACAACUUCCUGCAGGGCGUGCGCUUCUUCCUCGAGCCCCUCAACGACGGCUCCCUGCCGGCCUACAGCAUCCAGCGCGACCUCUUCACCGCCAUGACCCACCUGCCCAUCGAGAAGGAGGCCCUGGCCAGCAGCGGCCUCGGCAAGGUCGUGCUCUUCUACACGCGCAGCAAGCGGCCCGAGGCCGGCAUCAAGCGCAUGGCCGAGCGCCUGCUCGGCGAGUGGAGCCGGCCCAUCCUGAAGCGCACAGACGACUACAAGAAGCGCCGCAUCGAGACGCGCGACUACGACUACCAAGCCGCCCGCCUCGCCGAGCAGCAGGGCUCCAGCCAGGUGACCCUGACGCAGCGGCCCGCCGGCAGCUCCCAGCAGCGCCACGAGCUCGAGAAGCAGCGCAUGCUGGCCCCCGUCGUCAACACCAACCGCGCCCGCCCCGCCGGGCUCCCGCAGGCCUACACCGUCGCGCCCGUCAGCAGUUUUGACCAGAACGCCGCUAGGAGCGCGGGCUUCCGGCCUAUGGGCGCCGGCGGCAUGGAGGCCUUCCGCAAGAUGACGCAGAAGGGCAAGAAGAAAUAG